AAAUAAAAACGUCUAACAAAUUGAUGAACAACUUGCUUAGCGUUAUAACAAAAAUCUAAAACUGGAAUAUAAAUAUAUAUAGUGUAUAUAUAUAUCUGCAGAGUAUGAUUGGCACCGGUGCUCCGAAGAAAGCGCGUAAAAUACGCGAGCAAUGUGGCAGUUGUCCGGAUAAGUUUAGUCGGGACAAGCGGCAGAUUGUUGUGGACGAUUCGGAGACAACUGAGGAGGAGUCGUCAACGGACGAGGAGGAGCGCUGGAAGGAUGUCGCUCGAGCAGCCGAAAUACCUGCCGAAUAUUAUAAUAUACAAAAGCUGGUGAAGUACAUCAAGGCGGGCAAUCAGACGGCGACAAUUGUAUCGCUUUGUUGCCUCAAGGAUUACGAUUUGCGCACGCAAAUCAAUCAGUUUGCCAUACAGGAUAUUGGCGGACUCGAUGUGCUGGUCAACAUACUGGAGUGCAGCGAUACCAAAUGCUGUCUGGGCGCGCUCACUGUGCUGGCGGACAUUACACUUAACAUCGACAUCAGACGCACCAUUGUGGAUUUGGAUGGCAUACCAUUGAUAGUGGACAUAUUGAAUUCAUCGAUGAAGGAUCUGAAGACCAUGGCAGCGGAGACGCUGGCAAAUGUUAGCAAAGUGCGUCUGGCGCGAAAAUAUGUUCGCACCUGCGGUGGCAUACCCAAACUGGUGGAUUUGCUGGACAUUAAAAUGAGCAUAUUGCAGACGCCACGCGAUCAACUUGGGCUGGAGGAUCUCGAAUCGUUGGACAUGGCACGUGCUGGCUGCCGCGCCCUAUGGACUUUGGCGGACUCCAAGCAUAACAUGGAGCAGAUGCGCAAGAGCGGCAUAGUGCCACUGAUGGCCAAUCUGCUCAAGUCUGUGCACAUAGACGUGGUCAUACCCAUCAUGGGCACUGUGCAGAAAUGCUCCUCCGAGCCCAAAUUCCAGCUGGCCAUCACCACCGAGGGCAUGAUAGCGGAUAUUGUGAAUCAUUUGAACUCGGAGUGCGUGGAGCUGAAGCAGGAGGGCAGCAUGGCCAUAGCCAAGUGCGCAUUCGAUGGCACUACGCGGGAUUUGGUGCGCGAGGCGAAUGGUCUGGAGCCGCUGGUGUCCAUUAUUAAAGAUAAAAACAAUCGAGAGAAUAAGCCGUUGAUUAGAGGCGCCACUGGCGCCAUUUGGAUGUGUGCCAUGUCGGAUGCAAAUGUCAAGCGACUGGACGAGAUGCGCACUGUGAAUCAUCUGGUGGCCUUGCUCAACGAUGAAUGCGAUGAGGUCAUCACCAAUGUGGCCGGCGCACUGGCGGAAUGUGUGCGCUUUCAAAAUAAUCGCGAAUCCGUGCGCAUGGCCAAUGGUCUGCCGCCCAUAGUGGCUUUGCUGAACUCCUCGCAUGCACCGCUGUUGGAGAAUCUAGCCAAGGCAAUUAAGGAAUGUGCCGAGGAUCCGGACAGCAUGCGCAUUCUGGAGGAUCUGGAUGCAGUGCGUCUGGUCUGGUCACUCUUGAAGAACACUAAUCCGCGCGUGCAAGCCUAUGCUGCCUAUGCCAUUUGUCCCUGUGUGCAAAAUGCCACCGACUCGGCUGAGCUGGUGCGCAGUUUAGUGGGCGCCAUGGAGCUGGUCGUGGGUCUGCUUAAGUCCAAGGAGAUAAUGGUGCUGUCAGCUGUUUGCGCUGCCAUUGCCACCAUUGCACAGGAUCAAACGAAUCUAGCUAUUCUAACCGAUUUGCGUGUUAUAUAUAAACUAGCCGAUUUGGUUAAUACCACAGAUGACAUGUUGCGCAUGAAUUUGGCUGCCGCUGUUGCUGCCUGCGCUUGCUUUGGCAACAACACCGAGGAGCUGGGACGUCUGCGCACAGUGACACCCAUUGUUACCUAUAUGACCAGCGAGAAUCCUCUCGUGCAUCGCACUACUGCCAUGGCUCUGGAGAAACUCUCUAUGGAUCCACAGAACUGCAUUACCAUGCACCAGAGCGGCGUUGUACCCUUUUUGCUUGAGUGCAUUGGCUCCACCAACAAGGAACUGCAGUUGGCCGCCGCUGGCUGCCUGCGCAAUAUACGCGAAUUGGCGCUGCGUGCCGAGGAAUAUAUGCUCAAGAUUGAUGAUGAUUAACUUUAAGCUUGUCGCUUGCUCAUUAAUACUCUUUGCUAAUUUAAAUUGUUGCAAGUGCUAAAUAAAUCUAGCCCAGCUUCAUUCAUCAUGAGGCUGC